AUGACAUGGGCGCUCAAGGACAAGGCAACUCUGGAGACGACUGUCCAGAAUUUGACCGACUUUAACAACGCUCUCCACCACCUUCUGCCAAAGAAAAGCGAACUGUCCCUUUCACAGGCUGUGGCUUGUGCCCUUGCGCAGGAAAAUGACAAGGAUGAUCUCGAUAGUGUCAUCGCUGCCGCGGCGAGUCUACACCACGUCGAUGUCGCUAAGCUAGCAAGAUUCAAGAGGGCCUACCAGAUGUUGGCUUUGGAGGAAGAAGGGUACGACUCACGUCCGCCUGCGCUACCCUCUUCCCUUCAGCUCGACGAGGGUAGGAUCCAAUUGUCCACGAGACACGCCACCAAGGAGCGCACACUAGCCAAUCUGGAUGGCAAUAGACGUGUCAUUGUCGAGUGGAAAUCCUACCAUCCGAGCAUGCUCUCUGGAAGCCAUACAGCCCGGCAAACGUUGCGGAACCGGGUCACACACCUCGCAGAGCUCAUGAGUUCUCGUACACAGCGCCCGGACGGAUUCAACGUCCUCACUUGCGUUGGAUACUUUGACCAGGCGUCCUCUGAGCACUUUGGGUUCGCCUUUGACUUCCCUCAACACGUCGUGCGCCAUAUGCCUUUCACUCUCCAUGAGCUUAUCACAUCGUCCAGCACGCCUGCGCUAGGUACACGAUUCAAACUCGCUUUGUCGCUCUCGCGGACGUUGAACCUGCUCCACUCCAGCGGCUGGCUUCACAAGUCCAUCCGCUCCAACAACAUUGUCAUAUUCCAGGCGGCGAAGAAUAACGAGCCAGAGUACGAGAAACCGUAUCUGCUUGGGUUCGGGUUUUCUCGGCCUGACGGAUACCAUGAGGAGACGUUCCUCGAGCAGUCCGCCGUGUCAUCCACGAACCAGCUCUACCGCCAUCCUGAGGUACAAGGCCAGUGUGCGAGACGAUACACUGCAUCAGAUGACAAUUACAGCUUCGGUCUCGUGCUCUUGGAGGUCGCACUUUGGUUGCCUUUGGCCAAGAUUGACGGUCGAAAGCAGACGACCAGCGAGCACGUGCCCUUGAAUCGGGACAAACUCCAGUCGGCCGUGUCUUCUCUACCCAAGCGGGUUGGGAUGAUUUAUACAGAAGUUGUGGAGAAGUGUUUGAUUUUAGAUGAAGGCCGAGAUAUGCUUCAAGGAAAGAGCACCCCACCAGCUGCGAAUUGGGAGACAGAGCGGUUGCGGAACCAGAAUAUGUUUUACUGGGACGUGGUAAAGAGGCUGGAAGAAUGCAGAGCAUAG